ACACAAUGUUCUUCUCCAAGACCCUCGCUAUCGCUGCUCUCGCCGUCACUGCCAACGCAGCAGCUAUUCUCAAGACUCGUCAGAGCUACCUCACUGGUACUCAGACUGGUGACGGUACCUUCUACACCCCCGGCCUCGGCGCCUGCGGCGUCACGAACACCGCUAGCGAUCUCAUGGUCGCCGUCUCUGAGACGCUCUUUGACUCUUACCCCGGAUACAAUGGUGCCAACCCGAACUCUAACCCGGUUUGCGGCAAGAAGAUCAAGGCCAGCUACGGCGGCAAGAGCGUCACCGUCACCGUCGAGGAUCGCUGCACCGGCUGCGCAGAGACCGACCUCGACUUCUCUCCCACUGCGUUCACCGCUCUCGCGGCCGAGUCUGUUGGCAGGAUCCACGGCAUGACCUGGGUUUGGGCCUAAACACCAGGCUUUCGUCCACGGGCACAUGGUCUCCCAUAAUUAUCUUUAUUUAUUAACCCUGUAUCCCAAGUCGCUCCUUUUGGUCUGUAGAGUACCCAUACAAUCGUUUACUUGAAGCUCAUCUGGGAUGGGCUUCCGAGCGUGGUGUACAGUACAUCUAGCUGAUCUAUAAUCUGAAUGCAGCAUUUG